UUAUCAACGAAUUCUACUGAAGCGCCGUCGUUCCAUCUUUCUUCUUCACCUUGAUAACAAAAACCCUAAUUCGAGUCCACAGAAGAAGAAGACCAACCAAAAUCUCAGAAACCCUAACAAUCCAGGAACGCGAAAAUGGGAGGCAAGUGUCCGCACCGGCACGUGAAGAAGAGAAGAUACUCUCACAAAACUGCUCGCCGCACCAAAUUCCUCAACAUGGGCGAUGAUUUGGUUUAUGCGCAGCUUAACAAGCCUGAUGAAGAGAGGAUCCCUUUACCUGUAGAUGAAGAUUUGCCUGGAAUGGGCCAGUACUAUUGCCUGCACUGCGACCGAUACUUUUCAAAUGUAGCUGUGAGGGAUGAGCAUUUUAAGAGCAAACGACACAAGAAGCGUGCAAAACAAAUGAUGGGACCUGCACCACAUACUCAACUUGAUGCGGAUUUAGCUGCAGGGAUGGGCAUGCCUGAUAAUGGACCAAAGCUGAUGUCUAUGUAACUUUCUUCUUGAGAUUGUCUGAGAAGUUGGUUUUUAGGAUAUGAUGGUGCUAGUUAGUCUAUUACACAUGAGCAAUUUUACUUUCAAUAUUUUUUUUUUGGUGUCUUGUAAUUCCUCCUCCUAAUAUAAGCCUAUUAUGUAUGGAGCAUUUACCAGCAAAAUUUUGGACGAGAGCUAGAAGAGCCCCCUUUUAGUAAUUUUAUUCAGAGUUAUCACA